CGUGACGUCACCACCCUUAGCAGAGCUGCUAGCAGAAGAGGUCUAAGAGAGGGAGGCGGGAAAUAAAAGCAGUUGGUUUGGCAGCUGCAUAAUUACAGUUCUACGUGAGGACAUUUUCCCGUUUCACUUCGACGACAAAUUAUAUUUGUACACCGCUCGCCAAGUGCAGGAAGGGGUUAAUGUCCCGAGUUGUUGUGAGCUCUUGGCAGUUCAGGCAAGGGGGGCCCCUCUGGUGACUGAAGCAACAGCCUAUCACCGGGCCGCCUCCCCUCCCCCUUCUCUCCCUCCCUCUCUGGAGCUGUGCAGCUGAGGAAAGCGAGAGAAGGGAGAAGCACCAGAAAAAAAUAUAUAAUAAUUCCUCCUCCUCCCCUGGAUCCAGAGCUGGGCGUAGCGUGUAUGCUUCAAGCCGGAAUCGCCAGCAGCAGCAGCCGAGGCGGAGGGCGCCGCCGCCGCCCCUCGAGGCUGAACCCGACCAUUUUGUUUCUAGUGGAAGGAUUAGAAUACGAUUUUCAAAACACGUACUGGAAAGGGAAUUGUGCCCAUUUCCAAUUCUGGAAUCUAUAUUUACUGGACAAAUACUAAACGGUGGAUUAUAAUUUUUUUGUUAUGUCGUCCGCGACGGUGGCUGCCUCCCGGCGGCAGUCGUGUUACCUUUGCGACCUGCCCCGCAUGCCAUGGGCCAUGAUUUGGGACUUCACAGAGCCCGUGUGCCGGGGCUGCGUCAAUUAUGAAGGGGCCGAUCGCAUUGAGUUUGUUAUCGAGACGGCUCGUCAUUUGAAGCGGGCACACGGAUUCCAGGAGGGCAGGUCCCCCGGGCCUUCGCCUUCAUCCUCCUCGUCAUCUUCCUCCUCCUCUUCAGUCAAGCCGCAGCUCAGCGCAAAGGAGAUGGCGCAGAUCGGGCACACGAUGGGGGGGCCCGAGGGGGUAACGCGGACCUCGCAGCAACCCCCUCCUCCGCAGUGCCUGGACCGGUACUCGUUGGAGAGACCGCCGCCCCCUCGUCUGGGUUCGGAAUAUGGCUUGGGCAGGCAGGUAAACGGCAUCCUUUUACCAAACGGUUUCCCGAAGCCAGAGGAGCCACCGGAACUAAACCGGCAAAGCCCUAACCCGCGCAGGACUAGCACUGUGCCUCAGUCCCUUGGCGCACUUAUGAACGGAACUCCCAUGGGCAGCGCUCGGGCAACAAUCGGGCUCUCUGGGGCCUCUUUGGUGGCAGCUGCCGCCGCCACCACCUCUGCGGACCUGUCUGGCAAGCGGCCGGGUUCUGUGUCCAGCAGUGAACACGAUGGCAAGGAGAAGCACAGGGCCGAUAGCUAUUCCGAGCUGGGCGAGAACCACAAGAGCAGGGCCGAGGAGUGGAUCAGCAAGCCCAAGACGGUCAGGGACACGCUGAUGGCCAUGCAGCACAGCCACUCGCCCUUUGACUCCAAGUUCAAGAAGGACACCGGGCCCGGAAGGGUGCUGAGCUUUGAAGCCAACAACCCCGUUUCCAAAUCUGGUGCCCGUGGUGGUAGAAAAAGGAAAACCUCACCAGAACCAGAAGGGGAAGGUGGCUCUGUUAAAAUAAAUGGAGAAGGACAACCAUGGUUGCCAGCAACAGAGAGCCUAAAAAUUUCUACAAUGGCUAGCCCAUCUUUUAUAUCCCCACCUUCUACUGUUUCUCCUCAUUCCAACCGUACAACACCACCAGAAGCUGCACAAAAUGGGCAGUCUCCCAUGGCUGCUCUGAUAUUAGUCGCUGAUAAUGCUGGUGGCAAUCAUGCAUCAAAAGAUGCAAACCAGGUGCAUUCUACAACAAGAAGAAACAGUAGCAGUCCACCAUCCCCAUCUUCUAUGAACCAAAGAAGAAUGGCUCCCAGGGAUGUGCCAAGCCAGCUUCCUAGUGGAGGAACAUCAUCCCAUGCAGGAAUGGAACAAGGGCUUCCUCAAAGCAUUCCCGACUCUUCUAUACCAAACAGUAUACCAUUGUGCUGCACUCUUUGCCAUGAGCGUCUUGAAGACACACAUUUUGUACAGUGCCCUUCCGUACCUUCUCAUAAGUUUUGUUUCCCAUGCUCAAGGCAAAGUAUUAAACAACAAGGAUCAUCUGGAGAAGUAUAUUGUCCAAGUGGGGAAAAAUGCCCCUUGGUGGGAUCAAAUGUACCAUGGGCCUUUAUGCAGGGAGAAAUUGCCACCAUUCUUGCUGGGGAUGUAAAAGUGAAAAAAGAACGGGACUCUUGACUUUCUUUUUAGCUUGGUAGCCACCAUUAUCUCUAACUAAAACUUCUUGAGUUGUGUGUGUGUGUGAUAUAUAUAUAUAUAUAUAUAUAUAUAUAUAUAUAUAUAUAUAUAUAUAUAUAUAUAUAUAUAUAUAUAUAAUAUAUAUAUAUAUAUAUAUAUAUAUAUAUAUAUAUAUAUAUAUAUAAUAUAUAUAUAUAUAUAUAUAUAUAUAUAUAAUCUCCAAGACAAGGGAAAUGUAGACUGCAUAAACAUGGCUGUAUAAUUUUUAAUUUUUGAAUACAUUGUGUUUCUAUUUUUGAAGACAAAGGUAUGUACUGAUUCAAAAGGUAUUUCCUCUUUGUUAAUGUUAUUUGCAAGUAUUUGUUCUUAUCCAGUGACAGUUACUGUUCAGUGUAGGCUGUGACUUGAGAUGCUUUUUAGAGCACUUGGAAAAACAGAAAUGCUUUUAGCUGUAUUUGUAUGCACUUGUUAAAAAUGCCAAAUACAUUUUAUGACAUUGUAAAUUGUCUCUGGUUGCUCAUUUUGAAGUCCUUUACUUUGAGAUUAUGCUUUUUUAAUUGUAGAAUUUAUUGCUGUAAUUUGAACCACUGGGUAAUGAUUAUUAAAAAAAAAAAAAAAAAAAAAAAUUCUUGUUCACCAAAGCACUAUUCUGAGUAUGAUGAUUAUUUGCUUUUUUUCUUUUUUCUUCUCGCCACAAUAUUCUUGUCUGUAAGACUGCUCUAAAGUCACAGGUGCUGAUGGAUAUGGUUAAAUCUUAAAUGCAUAAUUUUAGAAAGGGUAUUUUCUUAAUGCAGUCUGUUCAGUGACAAUCACCAUUAAAUGAUUAUUGUGAACAUGGUAGCCUCGGUAGAACACACCAGUCAAGUCUCCUUUUCAGUGUUCAGAAGUUAAGGUUUUUUUUUUUUUUUUUUACAGUGUGAACGUUAACCUUUUUUUAUCAGAAGGGUUUAUUAAUUGCUGUUGGCAUUGUUACUGUCCUUAUGCCCCAUUUCUUGCAAUUGUGGAAGGCACAGUAACACAGUAUUUCCUUAGUCCCUUAUAAGCACAUGCCCUGUAUUACAUGUUAAAACAGUAUAGCAAAUCAAAAAUAUUCCUAGGUACCCCCAUUAUAAUUAAUGCAUUUGAUUGCCAGUAUCAGUUGUUUUAUGUUUUGCACGACCAGUUGCCUUUGUCCGUAACUUUCAUAUCAUUUGGUAUAUUGGUUUCUGCCACUUUUAAAAUUCUGGUAAAAUUACAGUACAACAUUUUUCAAGAAACCAUCUUUAGGGUUUGUAAUAUGUUUAAUAAUGUUUUGGACCACCUUGUUGGGUAAGAAGCCGUUUUAGGUUUUCUUUCUCAAAUCUUAACCAUUUUGUUUUUUCAUUAAGAGAUAAGUGCUUCACUUAUAUAAUAAAAAAAAAAACAUUAAAAAUUAAGAUACCUGUUGGCAGUUCUGUAUCUAGAUAGAUGCUUAAAACUUGGGCUGUGGGGGUGUUUGUAAUUUCAUUAUGAGUCCUGAUUUCUACCAUUGUAUACAUGGUCUCAUGUAAUACAUUAAAUCCUGAAAUAUUUACCAGAAAUAUUUAGGCAGGUGCAUUUAUUUGUAAAACUUUAUUUUAUAGUUACUAGCUGUUGUUAGAAAGCAAGUAAUGCAGCUCAAGAAAGCAGUAUAUAACUGUAUUAUGUACCAUCUUUGAAUAACUGGCAUAGUAAAGAGCAAAUAUCUUGGAUUUAAUAAAAUCUCAUUGCUUUUGAUAUGUAAUGUAACAAUGGCAGUUUCUAUUUUUUUGCAUAAUAAACCAAUAAAUGUUAAA